AAUACUAUUCGUAUACGGACACACACGCGGUCCAUCGGCGCAAUCGGCUACGACGACUACGACAACGACAACGAUAAACGGUCGACGAACGGUAAUCUGAUAAUAACCAAAAAAAAAACCACCGUAAACGAACAGUCGUAGUAAAAUAAUAAUAGUAACAAUUUAUUUUUUUAUAUAUUUUACGAGAUACAGACUUUCACCCAAUAGUUAAAUAGUACCGUGGUCUGUAUUAAGUAAAUAUAAAAUAAAAUAAUAAUAAUAAUAAUUUAAACCACGUGGUGUUCACAUCGGGCGAAUCGAAAUAGCUGCAACACUCUAGAAGACGCCGAAAGAUAGUGGCGCAAGUCGGUCUCUCAAAUCUCUUGGCCGAGCCAAGGGUUCAUAUUAUCUAUAAAACAGUACGUACGAUUGUGAUUUACACGCCCGGAUCGACAACGACGUCAUGAUAAAGUUGCGAGAAACCCUGUACCAGGUGUUGUUCAGGCGGAAAGACGAGGAUGAAUUACAACCAGACAAGAAGAAAUUGGCCAGAGUCCUCGAUCUGAUGGACCUUACGGCACUUGGCGUUGGGUCUACAUUGGGAGUAGGUGUUUACGUACUCGCCGGAAAUGUUGCUAGAAUAGAAGCCGGGCCAGCCGUUGUGCUGUCAUUCAUUUUGGCUGCCUUUGCGUCAGCUUUUGCAGGCCUGUGUUACGCUGAAUUCGCAGCGCGAGUGCCGAGAGCCGGGUCAGCCUACGUUUAUAGUUACGUCGGAGUUGGCGAAUUCGUUGCGUUUGUGAUCGGCUGGAAUCUGAUACUUGAAUACGUUAUCGGUACUGCAAGCGUUGCCAAAGCUUUGAGUAAUUACAUAGAUGCGCUGUUGGGCUAUCCUGUAAAAAAUACAAUGACCUAUCUUUUCCCCAUCAAUGUCAGUUUUUUGGCCGACUACCCAGAUGUUUUGUCGUUCAGUCUCGUAAUACUAUUAUCGCUUAUACUAGCAUGGGGAGUCCGGGAAUCUACAAUGAUCAACAACGUGUUUACAGUCGUCAAUUUAUUCACUGUAGUUACAGUUGUUGUAACCGGAUUUUUUAAAGUUAAUUUGUACAAUUGGAGUAUUCCAAAACAAGACAUCCCAAAGUAUGUGAAAGGCGGCGAAGGUGGUUUUAUGCCUUUUGGAUGGGCCGGAGUGACUGCGGGGGCGGCCAAAUGUUUUUACGGAUUCAUCGGUUUCGAUAGUGUGGCAACUACAGGAGAAGAAGCAAAAAAACCAAAACGUGACAUUCCGUUGGCCAUCAUUUUAUCGUUGACCAUCAUAACAUUUGCAUAUUGCUGUAUCAGUUCUGUUUUAACUCUAAUGUGGCCAUACUAUGAUCAGGACAUCGACGCGCCGUUCCCUUACGUUUACGAUCAUCUCGGUUGGACUACGUUAAAAUUGAUUGUUUCAUCCGGUGCUAUAUUUGCUAUGUUUGCCAGUCUCUUAGCCAGCAUGUUCUCGAUGCCAAGGAUUUUGAUGGCCAUGGCAGAAGACGGUCUCAUGUUCAGUAUGUUCUCGAUUAUUCACCCCAAGUUUAAAACACCUCUAUUGGCCACUAUAUUAUCGGGUUUAUUUGCGGGUAUUGUGACGGCACUUUUAAACCUUGAUCAACUGAUGAACAUGAUGUCGAUUGGCACGUUAUUAGCUUACUCGAUAGUGUGCAUUUGUGUGCUGAUGUUACGGUACAAAACCGAUUCGGACGUCGACGAGUCUGAAAACGAGCAGAGCAAAGAUGAACUAGAGACCAGUGGAUUUGUAAAUGCGGUGGUAAAAUACCUAAAUCUGUCCAAUAACAAUAAGGCCGACAAAGACACUCAGCGCGUAGCCACGACCCUCAUUAUAUCGUUUAUUUGCACGUCGGCGCUGUUUAGCUUUAUAAGUGUACAAUCAGAGUGUGUCGCUACCGUUCAUCAAUUGUGUGACAAAAACGACAGUAACGGAACGACCUUCCAACCAGGUUGCGUCAAUGUAACCAGCAACGAAUACGAAUGCGUCGGGAACAGCAUCGCGACGUACACUAGUGCCAUUUUGGCAAUUGGGUUGUUGCUUCUGUUGCUGUUACUGACUAGACAGCCCCAAUCAAACAAAAAACUUUCGUUCAAGGUCCCACUGGUCCCGCUCAUACCGUGCAUUAGCAUUUUGACGAACAUUUACUUGAUGAUGAAACUCGACAUAAUCACCUGGAUUCGUUUUACUAUUUGGUUGCUAAUCGGGUUAUGCAUUUAUGCUCUAUAUGGUAUGAAUAAUAGUACUGAGGGCUUGAAACGGAGAGUAGAGCUGAAAAGAAGUCGUUCGAAUUCUACAGAGCCUAUAAACCAGGUUUCUGCUAAUUUAUAGACACGCGUUACAACACAUGCAUAAUGGUGAUAAGGUUGUAAUGAUAUAUCCAUUUUGAUAUAUUAUUAUUUAGAUUUAUAAAUUGUUUAUACAACUACAUAAACAUAGAAUACCAGAAUAUACAUUAUUAUGAACUAAAUUACUUUUCAGAUAAAAGAAAUAAAUAGAAUAUUAUUUGCAUUACUAUACAAAAUUACAAACAUUAAUCAACAAUAAAAUUACAAAUAAUUAAAUGACUUUAAAAAAAAAAUGAUUUAAAAAUUAUUACAUUCAUUGAAAUAAUACAAAUAUGAACUAUGUAGUAAAUAAGAUACUAAUGAUGAUACACAAAAGAGCAAUCGCUGCAAUCUCCAAAUUCAAUCACAAAUAAGGCGGCAUAUCAUGUCUAUAAAAUGGCUAACAACAAUUAAUUCCUGGCUCAAUCGAUUCCAUUCGGCUCAGUCUUUUACCUAACAUUGUAUCAAUAAAUGUAUCAUCUUUCUCUGUGUCAAUGUUUUAUAAGUUUAAAUAAAUUUAAUUCACUUUAACAUUAUA